AUGAGUAACGACGAGAAUAAUCCCUCUUCCAGCGAUCCUUCGCGCAAGCGUAGUGGUACAGCGCUUCAAUUGGGCCCACGCAAAAAGGCGACUUCUUCAAAUCCCCUCAUCCUACAUGGCCAACAUUUUGGUCGGACAGUGUUUGCUCUGUGCAACUUUCCUGCUCUUCUCACUGGAGGGAUCCUCCGACUCGAAGAAUUGCAGGACUCUCCCAUAGAGGAUUAUCCAGCGGAUGUUCGACGUGAACAUAGGGUGUUCAUGGAUCUAAUCGAUUCCUAUCCUGGUCUUUUAGAUCGUCUGACUAAUGGCGAGGAGGACGACAUUAUUCAUGUAGGAGAAUUGCUGGGCAAAGGAGCGUCUGGUUCGCGAGCCGAUGAUACAAAAACUCUCAAAUCUGCCAUUCUCGAAUGGCUUGUGCCCAGAGGACAGGCAGUCAUACCGCCCCUCUCCCGAAACAUUAAGUCCGACCGCGGGUUUAAUCAUGAGGUCACCGGUGCGAUGCUCUGCCCCGCAGGCCUUGACUGGUCGAAUGCAGUAACCAAGCAGGGUCUCAAGAGUGGUGAAACUGCAGUUCGUGGUGACCAGUGGCCCAUGUUCUUAUAUGCUGGGUAUGACUAUGAUCCCGAAGAUCCAUGGAAGGGUUUACUGAGGAGUGAGAUACUCAUCUUUGGUUUCAAACAUGUCUUUACGUCCCCAAGCUCAGUAGAUAAGGAGCCAAAAGCUACGCGCUCCGGUAAUGCUUACCUUCACGGCAUGAAGUCUGUAACCAAAGGAUCCCUGGCCUAUAUUGCUACACAGAUUCGGUUUGCGUUAAGUUCGUCAUCGGUAUUUUCACGUACCGACAUGGUCACGGAUUCCGAAAAUUUCUAUCACAGCAUUCUCGACCUCUUGGAGGAUCCGGAUGAGAGUGCGGAAGUCAUUGACCUCAUGACGUGGUGGACGCGCCGCAUUUUUCCUAAUUCUUCAUCCUCGCAGCGCAGUAUCAGCAAAAACAGUGCGCUGUCGAGGAUUCGGGAAAAAUGUGCUGCCUUGCAAGAACAAGCUAAUAAUGUUGACACUACUUAA